AUGGCUGACGUUCCUGACAGCGGCUCUUCUGAAAAUCUAACAGAGUCCGCUUCCACUUCUACAGAUUCCGAAAAUGAUGACCCUUCUCCACCGCCUCCUGCGCCACCAAAGAAAACUCACUUACUACAAUGGAUGGAAAUUACAGUCUCAGAACCAGAAAAACGAACAACACCCUCCAUGAAAAUGCAAGAUACAUACAUUGUGUACCUUAUAGAAACGAGGGUUACUGAUCGAGAAAUGAAAGGUUUUGGAGAUGGUACCACUUCUGUGUGGCGUCGUUACAGUGAAUUUGAAAUUGUUCGCAAUUACCUUGAUGCUACCUACCCAGCUGUGGUGGUACCACCUCUCCCAGAAAAGAAGGCAACAUACCUCUGGCAGAAUGCACCAUCUGAUAAAUUCAAUUUGGAUUUCAUUGAGAGGAGACGAGCAGCUCUUGAGAUCUUUUUGCUUCGCUGUGCCUCCCAUCCAACUCUUUGUGCUGAUAAAGUAUUCAUGAGCUUCUUGCGACAGGAUUCUGGUUGGAAAGAGUUGGCUUAUGCAAGUGAUUAUCAGAACAAGGCUGAAUCGAGACUGAAGAGUUUAACGGCUCUGAAUGUGCAGCUUCUUUCCUUUUUUCUUUCCUUUUCUCUCUCUCUCUCUUUUCUUUUUUUCUCUCUCUUUUCCUUUUUUCUCUCUCUUUUCCUUUUUUCUCUCUCUCUUUUCUUUUCUCUCUUUUUCUCUUUUUCUCUCUCUCUUUUCUUUUUUCUCUCUCUCUUUUCUUUUUUCUCUCUCUCUUUUCUUUUUUCUCUCUCUCUUUUCUUUUUUCUCUCUCUCUUUUCUUUUUUCUCUCUCUCUUUUCUUUUUUCUCUCUCUCUUUUCUUUUUUCUCUCUCUCUUUUCCUUUUUUCUCUCUCUCUUUUCCUUUUUUCUCUCUCUCUUUUCCUUUUUUCUCUCUCUCUUUUCCUUUUUUCUCUCUCUCUUUUCCUUUUUUCUCUCUCUCUUUUCCUUUUUUCUCUCUCUCUUUUCCUUUUUUCUCUCUCUUUUCCUUUUCUCUCUCUCUUUUCCUUUUUUCUCUCUCUUUUCCUUUUUCUCUCUCUUUUCCUUUUUCUCUCUCUUUCCUUUUUUCUCUCUCUUUUCCUUUUUUUCUCUCUCUUUCCUUUUUUCUCUCUCUUUCCUUUUUUCUCUCUCUCUUUUCCUUUUUUCUCUCUCUCUUUUCCUUUUUUCUCUCUCUCUUUUUCCUUUUUCUCUCUCUUUUUCCUUUUUCUCUCUCUCUUUUCCUUUUCUCUCUCUCUUUUCCUUUUUCUCUCUCUUUUUUCCUUUUUCUCUCUCUCUUUUCCUUUUUUCUCUCUCUCUUUUCCUUUUCUCUCUCUCUUUUCCUUUUUCUCUCUCUUUUUCCUUUUCUCUCUCUCUUUUUCCUUUUCUCUCUCUCUUUUCCUUUUUCUCUCUCUUUUCCUUUUUCUCUCUCUUUUUCCUUUUCUCUCUCUCUUCCUUUUUUUCUCUCUCUUUUCCUUUUUUCUCUCUCUCUUUUCCUUUUUCUCUUUUUUCUUUUUCUCUUUCCUUUUUUUCUCUUUUCCUUUUUUUUUCUCUUUUCCUUUUUCUCUCUCUCCUUUUUCUCUCUCUCUCUCUUUUCUCUCUCUUUCUCUCUUCUCUCUCUCUCUCUUUUCUCUCUCUCUCUUUCUCUCUCUCUCUUUUCUCUCUCUCUCUCUUUUUUCUCUCUCUCUUUUCUCUCUCUCUCUUUUCUCUCUCUCUCUUUUCUCUCUCUCUCUUUUCUCUCUCUCUCUUUUCCUUUUCUCUCUCUUUUCCUUUUCUCUCUCUUUUCCUUUUCUCUCUCUCUCUCUCUUUUCUCUCUUCUUUUCUCUCUCUCUUUUCUCUCUCUCUCUUCUCUCUCUCUCUCUCUUUUUUCUCUCUCUCUUCUCUCUCUCUUCCUUUUUUUCUCAAUUUAUUUUUCUUCCUUUCUGAUGAUUUAAUAAAUUUUGAUUUUUCUUUUUCCAGACAGUUUGAAGAAUUAAAGAAUUACAGCAAUGAGUUACAGUCAAUUAUAUCAACAAUUCUAAAAAUAAGAGCAAAAUUGGCUGAUCGGCUUUAUGGCAUUCACAAAAUCCAUGCCAACUAUGCCAGAGUCUAUGCUGAAUGGAGUGCCUUGGAGAAAGAAAUGGCUGAAGGUCUUAAAGGCUCUGGACAUUACAUGGAUGUCUUUGCUAAUUCUGUUGAUUCUAUCUUAGAAGAAGAGGAGCAAUAUGCUGAUCAACUAAAGGAAUAUUUGGCCUUUGCUGAUUCUUUAAGGUCUAUCUGCCGGAAGUAUGAAUGCAUUCAGUAUGAUCUUGAACGAACUGAAGAUUGCCUAUCUUAUAAAGGAACCCAAAAAGAUAUGUUGAGUCAAGGGAAGCAGCAAGGUGGAUUUACUUUAUCAAAUGUAAAAACUAAACUUUUUGGAGGUGACACACCUGAACAAAAAGAUCAAAAGAUUAAAAUGCUUGAAGAACAAAUUCAAGAAUCUGAAGUUGAAUUGAAGGUUGUUACCGCUGAUACACAGAUUUUCAUGGAACAAGCAUUGAAGGAUAUUGAUCGAUUUAAAAGACAAAAAGCAAAAGAUUUAAAAGAAAUCUUCACCAAUUAUGCAAUUAUGCAAAUUAAGCAAUCAAAGAAGGGCAUUGCCAUUUGGACCAGUGCUAAGGACUGCUUUGGCAAGAUGUAA